AUGUUGUCCCUGCUCUCAGUGGCUAGUCGGGGUCUGAGUGAUGCAGAACUACGCGACAUUGCCGUUCGGAAAGCCAAUUGCAGUUCGGGUGGGGGAACGGGUCCAUUGGUGGGACACAAUUCUAUCCUGUUAUCAACCGCUGUUCACGAACCAGAUGAUCCCGAUUUGGACCAAACCUCUACGACCACAGCUACCGGGAGUUUAUACAAUCAGAAUUUAAGCUCAUCCAGUGGUGCCCCGGCCCGACCAUCCACAAUUUCCGGCCUGUCCGAUCAAUCAGCCGGACCCUCCCAACCCGGUCCGAGUACAUCGCGAGUCCCUUUUGGGUCCGCGGUCCGACUUGGUCGACGCUGA